AUCUCCAUCUCUGAGCAGGACCUUGGUCGGAUAAAUAUCCUGCAGCAGUCAACAGUUACUCACAAUCUGAAGGGUCCAGACUGAUUGCAGGUCCAGCAUGGCCUCCUUCAUGCAAGUGGCUGUUUCCAUCCUGCUGCUGUCCACAUUAACCUCAGCUCAAAUGAGAGGUGACUAUUCAUCAGCAAAUGAUUUAUGUAAACCGAACGAUGGGUUUGGGAUAUACUGCCCAACCACAUGCGGAGUGGCUGAUUACCUGCAGAGGUACAAGCCUGAUAUGGACAGAGAGCUGGAUCAAAUGGAACAGGAUUUGGAGGAUCUCGCCAACCUUACCAGAGGAGCACAGGAUAAAGUGGUCUUCUUGAGAGACUCGGAAGCACAAGCACAAAAACAAGCACCAGACACAUACAUCAAAAAAUCUACAAACAUGCUUGAUGACAUACUGCGAUUUGAGAAGAGCAUUCUGGCUCAAGAAGAUCAAAUAUAUCAACUGCAGUCGAUCCUUCAGGCUAAUGAGAAAAGAAUAACUGAUUUGAAGCAGAUGUCUGUUCAGCUGGACCAGAUGUGCAAAGAGCCCUGCAAAGACACUGUGGAAAUUCAGACCAUCACAGGCAAAGACUGUCAGGACAUUGCAAACAAAGGCGGUAAGGUCAGUGGGCUCUACUAUGUGAAACCAGCCAAGGCUCCUGAGGCUUUCCUGGUGUACUGUGAUAUUGACAGCUUUGGACGUGGGUGGACUGUACUUCAGAGGAGACGUGAUGGAAGUGUUGACUUUAACAAAAACUGGAUCCAGUAUAAGGAAGGUUUUGGGUACCUCUCACCAGAUGACAGAACAGAAUUCUGGCUGGGAAAUGAGAAGAUACAUCUGCUGUCUGUUCAGUCCAGUGUGCCUUAUGUACUGAGGAUAGAGAUGGUCGACUGGGACGGCAACAAAAAGUAUGCCGACUACGCCACUUUCAAACUUGGACCAGAAGUUGAUGCGUAUCGCUUGACGUAUGCUUAUUACUUUGGUGGAGAUGCUGGUGAUGCCUUUGAUGGUUAUGAUUUCGGUGAUGACCCCAGUGACAAAUUCUACACAUCUCACAAUGGCAUGCAGUUCAGUACACCUGACAAAGACAACGACAAGUUCCACAAUAACUGUGCCUUGGAAGAAGGGUCUGGCUGGUGGAUGAACCGAUGCCAUGCUGGUCAUCUCAACGGAAAAUACUACCAGGGUGGCAAGUACACAGAGAAGGACACACAGAACGGAUAUGACAAUGGCAUCAUCUGGGCCACAUGGCACAGUCGCUGGUAUUCUCUCAGGGAAACCACCAUGAAGAUCAUUCCCAUCAACAGAAUCAGCACUGAUGGUCAGCAAAGUGGUGCCAAGCAGUUUGGAGGCCUGGGAGAUAUUUAAAGACCUCACCAAAGCUCCCUGCAUUGUUCUGAGCUAUCAUUUUGUUAUUGUGAAGUUAAAAGUACAUGGGAAUAACAUGGGCAAGACAUUUUCAAGUGAGUGUAAACAUGCCUGUUGGUUUCUGAGAUUUUUCAUUCUACACCAAUUAAUUCUGGAAAAACUUCAUAAGACAUACUGGUCAUUUUUGAAAAAUUGGAUCGACUCUCUUCUACUGCCACUGGUCUAACACACUGAACUGUCAAUGAAUGAAUAAAGUUCUCUGUCUUUUGUAAAUGAAA